AUGGCGAGCCUGCAAACAUUCCCCAUUGAUUACGAAUUCGUUGGUAAGCCAGGCUCGAAGAAUCGACAGAUCGGAAAUGCCUACCCGCCGCUUGCGGCAAAGGAGGUAUUCUCAGAGGUGGCAAAGUCCUUACAAAAGGCGGAUGAAGAGGAGAUGGCCGGUCAUGGUGAAACCCAGUGA